CUUAUAAUAUCCCUAUAUUUUACAACAGGGGGUAGAUCAGUCUAUUCUUUAUAAACCUGAACAUCCAAAAAGUCUACCGCCUCGCUCCCAGAUUUCAAGAUCAUCAUUGAUAUAGCAAAAAUAAAAAGCCCCAAACUGUUUAAAUAAUAGAUGGCCAAAUAUAUGUUAUAUUGUUUUAUAUUUCCCCAUUGCAGAUUUGGCUGUUUGUUUGGGAUUAUUAUGGCAUCCACCAUGCACAGCAUUAAGAUUCCUUUCUUCAUUCUUUGGUCGGUGUAUAAAGUGUCUCUUCCAGUCAGAAUUAAGGUCUCAUCAACACGAUCAGUAUCUGUAACAGUCGGGUCAGAUGUGGUGUUGCCUUGUCGUCUGAUUCCUGAGAUGAACGCAGAGAACAUGAAAAUUUGUUGGUUUAAAACGAAGUUCCAGCCGUGUGUUCACUUUUAUUCUGAUGGGAAAGACGAUUACUCAGCCCAGGUUCUAGAGUUUGCUAACAGAACAGAACUGCUAAAAGAGAACAUCACUAGGGGAAGUUUCCCUUUAAAGAUCCGUAACGUCACAGCUGAGGAUUCUGGGGAAUAUUAUUGUAAUAUUGACUCCAAUAACCAUCAUGGUUUAGCAAUAGUUCAGCUAGAUGUUACCGCUGUUGGAUCUCUCCCUUAUAUCUCCUCAGUUAACGCUGACACUGUGUAUUGUGAGUCCUGUGACUGGUUGCCAAAACCGUAUUUGAUAUGGGCAGAUAAUGAGGGAAACAAUAUAAUCCCGCUGAUGGAAAAGGUGCACACAAAUAAGGAAAAUUUAUAUUGUAUCAGUAGUAUUAUCAGUAUAACUGCAGCUGUUAAUAUCACUUGCACUGUCUCCAAUGCUCUCAAUCAGAGCAAGCAAAGCUCCGGGCACAAUAAAGAAAAAAGACUUCCAGCAGCACCCAGGGAUACCUGCAGCCGUAUUAUUAUUAUCAGCGCCAGUGUUAUGAUUUGUUGUGUGUGUCUUUUCCUUCUAUUGAAGAAACAUCCUAAAUACCCAAAGAUUCCUUUGGGGAUGUAUCCCAAUACAGCUCAUAGCGAGAAGGAAAGAAAGUACAGCAACUGAGAAUUCCAGCAGCGGUCGGCCGGGUGCUGCCAGUUUAUAUAGGCGGAAGAAACCACAGCAUAAAAGAAGCAGGUGGAGAAACACAUGGUAAAGGGGAAUAUUUGUACGUACAGGCCAUGCUGACUUUAUUGAAUGGGAAAUGGUUUUCUUGCAGUUUAGUAAAAUUUCAAAAUUGAGCUAGUUGUUCUGACACUAGAAAUCAAAGCACAAAGCCCAAGCACUUAGUAUUGUUGGAGUCUUGGAGUGGGUCUAAUGUGUUAAUGUAAUUAACUUCAAUCACAUCUGAAAACCAUACAAUAUAUAUAGUGGAUAAUGCACCCGCUACUGUCAUUUAUAAAGAUAUUAUAGGUCACCGAGGAGUUAGGUCCCUAUAUAAAAGCAUUAAUUAAUUAGCUCACUGCUGUAUAAUAAAAGGCUCUCAACCUGUCUCUGACUGAAACAACCUUCUUAUAUAACAGGUUUAAUCGUUUACAGUUUUAAACAGUUUAUAAUAAAGGAGACACGCUCACCACAUUAAAUAGAGGGCUGGGCAGGGUCGGACUGGCCCGCCGGGACACCGGGAAAAUCCAGGUGGGCCCUGGCAGCCCAGACCCGACUCUUGCGACGCUCCCUGCCCGACCGCUCUUUCCCUGACCCGUUAAAAUUACGCACUCGGGUAGGACACCGAGUGGGGGUC